UUAUUGAUUUUCAUCGAAAGGGGUUAAAGGAAGGGAGCCAUGAAGUUGCAAGUUAGCAUAACCCAUAGCUUGAUGGCACUAUUGCUGGUGAUGAUCUCUUUAUGGUGCAUCGAGGGUGCAGUGCAAGCUACAACUAAGCAAUUAGAGGUGCAGCAGCACCUGAAGCAGUUGAAUAAGCCUGCCGUCAAGAGUAUCAAAAGCCCCGAUGGAGAUAUCAUUGACUGUGUCCAUAUCUCACAUCAGCCAGCCUUUGACCAUCCUUUACUCAAAAACCACACCAUCCAGAUGAGGCCAAGUUUCCGCCCAUUAGGACUGUAUGAUGAACAGAAGGAAACUAGCCCCAUACGUCAACUUUGGCAUCAAAAUGGGAGGUGCCCCAAGGACACCAUUCCAAUUAGGAGGACCAAGAAAGAUGAUGUCCUGAGGGCCAGCUCUAUCGAAAGAUAUGGGAAGAAGAUGCAUAGGACAAUCCAAAAUCCCACUUCUGUAGGCCUCGAUCAGUAUAAUAUCAGUGCACGUGAGGUUGCAACAGUUUUUGUAAGCGGAGUUAAGACGUUCUUCGGAGCAAAGGCAAUCAUGAAUGCAUGGAACCCGAAGGUCGAAGGACCUGAUCAGUUCAGUGCAUCUGAGAUGUCGCUUGUUGGAGAAGGAAUUCUCAACACCAUCCAAGCUGGCUGGCAUGUACAUCCAAGUCUUUAUGGAGAUAAUAAAACAAGACUAUUUGCUUACUGGGAUAGUAAUUGGAAGCUUGGGAUUGGCUGCUGGAACCUGGUUUGUCCUGGGUUCGUUCAAGUCAACAAAGACAUAGCACUGGGUGCCGCGGUCGAUCCCAUUUCUAUCUACGAUGGAAACCAAUAUGACAUCACUAUAAUGAUUUACAAGGACCCAAAUACAACGGAUUGGUGGCUGGAAUAUGGGAAUCGGAUUCCAUUGGGCUACUGGCCUACUUCCAUUCUCCCUAAUUUGAAUGACGGUGCCUCCCUAGUGGAAUGGGGAGGGGAGGUUGUGAACCCCAAACUAAGUCAUCAGCACACCACCACCGAAAUGGGCAGUGGCCAUUUCCCAGAAGAAGGUUUUGGCAAAGCGAGCUACUUCAAAAACAUUCAGAUAGUUCUUAGUGACAACGUUCUUUUAGAUCCUACUAAUAUUGGUAGUAGCAUUACGCAAUCCAGCUGCUACAAUGUGCAUAAUGACCAUAGUACUGAUUGGGGAUAUUAUUUCUACUACGGGGGUCCGGGGCAAAAUCCCAAUUGUCAGUAG